AUGAGUGGUGCUCCUAAAAGAACACACGAGGAGACAAACCAUCCUACGACUUCAAAGAGAUCAGUUGAAGGAGGCGGUGUAACUUUGAAUAACACCGGAAAGCUGUCUCAACCAUCCAUUGGACAUAGCAACUUGUCCUUGGAGCCUGGUCUGGAUGGUCGAGCAGCAAAAGUUCAAAGGACUGAGCAGCGUGAUGCUGACAAGCGAUCCUCUCUUCUUCCAUUGUACCGGAUAUCAUCAUCUGCCAACAGUUCCUCCUCAGACCAUCCAGUUGCUAAUGAAAGCAGGACGGAAUUGAGAGACUCCAAAGAGAGUCGGGAUAUUAAAUAUGAUGCUAGAGAAACGGAAACAAAUACUAAGGAGUUGAUUGCUGAUCCAAGGAUAGACCCUCCAGUAAAUAAAGUUGAGAAUGACUUGAAACAGGAAAAUAAAGGGGAAGAUAGAGUAUUAAAACCUGAUCGUGAGAGUCUUUCAGAUUUUAAGACUGACAGUAGGUCGGAAAAGGAAGGAGUGGGAGGCAAUUCCCUAAAUGUAAGCUGGAAAGAGUCUAAAGAACAUCACAGAAAUAGAAGAUAUUCUGAAGCGCCCAGUGACGGUUUAGAUCCAUGGCAUGGUACUUGGCAUGGUUCACACAGUGCUGAAGAAGUCAGGAAGGAGGUUUUGACUGGUGAACAACGAGAAACCUUAGAAGCACAAGAAGCAGUUGGUGAGAAUCGGGUAGAUUUGAAAGGAGAUGAGAGAUUAAAAGAUAAAGAAAGAAAAAAAAAAGAUGAGAAGAACAGAGAAUGGGGGGAAAAGGAUAAGGAAAGAAGUGACCGUCGUAAUAGUCUGAAGCCUCCUGGAAACAGUAGCAAGGACUUUACGAGAGAAGAUAGAGAAACUGAGAGGUGGGAAAGGGAGAGAAAGGAUGCUCACAGAGAUAAGGAAAGAAAAGACAGGGAAAAGGAUAAUCUGAAGAGAGAGGCGUUAAAUACAAACGAGAAGGACAUCUUGCUGAAUGAGAAGGAAGCGGUAGAAGUGUCUGCUAAAAUCCCCGAUCAGGAAGGUACAUCAUUGGAGUCGAAAAAAGCUGGCGACUUUGAUGUUUCGAAAGGUGUUGACCGAGAUGUUAAAGACAAAAAGAGGGAGAAAGAUCCAGACUCAGAGGUAGAUAGAAACGAAAAACGUAGGUAUUAUGAGAAAGAAUCAGAAGAUGGUUUCGCAGAAGGUGCUACAGAAAGAGAAAGGGAAGUGUUUGGCUAUGGCUUUCAACAGCGCAGGAGGAUGCUGCGACCAAGGGCUACUCAUUCUUCUAACCGUGAACCUCGUUUUCGUGCCAGAGCAAGGGAGAAUGAUGGGUAAGCAUGUGUGGCACAAUUCCCACGUUGUUACGUUUGUCUUCAAUUUUAACUUUUUGUAUAAUCUAUUAUAACAAAAUUGCAGACAUAGAAUAGUAUUUUUACUUUUUUCUUCUAUUUAGGUUUAGGAUUAAAAUUCUUGAUAAAAUCUCAAAUUGCCAACAUCCAUGGUGCCUAUUACUAAUGUUUUUUGUUUGCAACUUCUUGUUGUAACUUUGGUUUGACGAUGCAUGUUAUAUAGUUCUGAAUUCACAUUUUUAAUAAUCAACGAUGUAUGGUCUCAUUUUUCCGAUUGAUUUUCUCGUCAUCGAAGAAAGGUGAAAUGAUGAAGCCUCUAAUCAGCCUCAGUACGAACCAUAUUUUCAAGGAAAUCAAGAGUAUUUCAGAACAAUCAUUUUUUCAUUUUUCCUUUCUGUAACAUCUGGAGGGAACGGGGUCAGUUUUGAAUCAAUUUACAAUUUAUUGGAGCUGCAUUUUCUGGCAGAGCUACACACUAUGUAUAUUGUCUAUCAUUUAUGGUUAGAAUCUUCAUCUCUGGAAGCGAUUUCAUAUUAGUUCUUGUUGUUGAGGUUUUUGAUGAUUCUGAAGAUCAAACAUAUUAGUUCAUAUUAGCUCCCAUUAGGGUUCUAAACUGAAUUUUCCUUUCUAUAUGCUGCCCCGAAUAUUAAUAUUUUCUUUUAUUGCAACGUAAACUCUAGUGUUAUUACUAAUAAAUGUCAAUCUAUGAAAUAGUCUUAUGAUUGAGUAUCAAGUUUCUGGCACAUACUUAUUUCUGCUUUUUUCUAGUUUUUUCUAGUACUUCGUUUUUUCUCCUUUGUCCUUUUUAGACUAUUUCUGAUGGUUUUUCUUUGUCUCCCUUGCAGAUCUCAAGGUUAGGCAGGAACCCAAUUCUUUUAUGACAGAUUUCAAUGACGCCAUUGUUUGAAUGCUAGCUGGAGUACCUGGAGUCUAGCGUUUGCAUGGCUGUCUUUCCUUUUAUUCAAUGACUCUUCGAAUGCUUUAUGGAAGUUUCCAUAUUUGCUGUUUCUUCUUUUGAGGGUUUCUUUUACCAUUGUGGGAUAUGAUACGACCCCAACUUUUACAUUUUUUGUCUAGUAGUGUUUGGUGUUUUGCUCCCGUUCGUCGUUUUGUUGGUGGUAAAAGAUGUUGUUGAAUGUGAGGAAUGCUAUCAUCCACGUUUUUUGACCAUUGGACAGUCGUUAGACGGGUUGGGACUUGUAUUCUUGCCAGUAGCUGUGCAUGCCCUGGGAUUUCUAGCUUAGCACAGAUCAGGGAUGGACAAAUGACAUAAAAUUAAUCUCUGGAGUCUUCCAAUGUUUAUUUGAAGUAUUUUAGGCACAUGUAUUCCUCUUUAAAGAUAAAAACUUCCAUCAUUCCACUGGGGCUUAUUUGAAACGUCUAGACAUGUUUUUCUGUGGAAAGUAGUGUGAGCUUCCAUUAGCAUUGUUAGAACCUGGUGUCAUCCAGCUACUAACUAUUUCUGUGUGUGGCACUUUUCAUAUUUUGCAUGGUACGAGUUCACAUUUUAUUAUCCUCUAGAACUCUUGCUGUUCCGUCUCUUAAAAAACCACAGUCAUUCCAUGAUGUUUUCCCAUGAGAUUAAGCAUUUUGUUUGGUUUCUCUUUUCAGCUGGUUCUAAACAUUUUCUGUCAUCUUUUUGUUCUUUAUUGAGUGGUGUUGAUUUUGUAACUCUUUUUGUACUGGAAUUUUUAAUUUCGGUUUUGGUGGUCCACUUUUUUCUUUUUGUAUAAUUAUGUUUUGUGUUUAUAUUGGCUUCUAUUCUCACUAGUGUCAUGAUUUAUGAGGGACUUAUUCGGGUUUAUGUUUUGAAGUGAUCUUAGUGUGCAAGUUAUGUUUUUAUGGAUUGUCAUCAAUUUAAGUUUAUUUUGUUUGUCAUUGUUAGUGUGAUCUGUAUUUUCGUUAGAGAUCCCAGGGAAGAGCAGCUAGUUCAUGUAAUUUGCCUUUGCCUUCUAAUAUUGACAGCUUAGUCUUGGUUCUAUGAUACUGGUUUUCCACUUGUGUGCUUCUAUAUGGGUUGCAUGAUUCUAAUUCCUAACAUGCGCUGAGUCAUCUUCGUGUAUUUUUUGUUUUUUCUGGAGAGGAUUUCUCAUGUUGUGAGAGAUUUGAUCAUAGACUUGUAACAUUUGGGACCAAUUGAGUUAGAUCAUCACGAGUUCCAGGUGGGGUUGGCCUGGUGUACGUCAAUUUUCCACUUUUGGUUUUCCAGAUGGCGUUGAUUUGGCCAAUGGCAAUCUUAGUCAGCAGGGUAGUUCAGAGCUGCUCACCUUUUCUUAAGCUAUAAAUCUGCCUUAUUUCCCCAAGCUCAACUUUGUUAGGCGAAUUGUUUGAUGACUAUUGAGGCCAAGAGAGCUAGACUCACAUUUGAUUGUGGUUCAUUUUUAUUGUUAUUUGAUUUCUGGAAUGAGUUUGUCUCUUAUGAAUGUUUCUUUUCGUAAGUUAUUCCCAUUUAAAUUGUUUUUGAAUAGGUAAAUUACUGAUGUCAGGUAAAUCAGAAGGAUCGACAAUCACUUAUAGGGUGGGUGAGUGUAUGCAAGAGCUUCUGAAAUCAUGGAAAGAUUUUGAAGCAUCCCAGGAUUGUAAAACUGAAGGUCUUCAAAGUGGUCCCACUCUGGAGAUUCGGAUACCAGCAGAGCAUGUUACGGCCACCAAUCGCCAAGUGAGUUUUGUGGACUUUUCUACAUGGGUUAGGAGAGCAACAAUAUUAUCACUCACCAAAAUUUUGGCCAUAGGUGACGAUAUGCCUGAUGUGUGUGUGUAUAUAUAUAUACAUAUGUACUCUCAUUGUUCGUGUGCAGGUUGAAGAAAACGUUGAAUGUUGGAUAUAUUCUACUUUAGCUGAUGGAUGUGUGUGCAUGUGUGUACAUAUUGUAAUUUGCCUUGUGGUUCUCUCUCCUUUAUUACAUCAUUUAUUUUAGAGUGACGCUGAAAAUCAAACCUUUGAUGGACAUUAUAUGUGAGAUUUUGAUGGUCAUUUGUGUAUUUUUUUUGAAAAUGAAAACAUGGUAAGAUGAUUAUUCCGAGAAUUGGGUGAAAAUCAAAGAAGCAUAUCAUGGAAAAGAUCUUAAAAUGAUUAAACAUUAAAUCAGUUAAGCGCAGCAAAUGGUGCAUGCAACAGCGCUUAGAAUCACAUCUUUACUGAGGAAAUGCCAAUUUCUUCCUCGCCUUGAGAGGAAAGUUCAUUUCAGUGAUAGGUUGGAUACAGUGCAGGUCUGCACCUUCAAUAGCUCUUUACCUGAACCUGGUGGUCUGAAUUCUGAAAAAUUUAUAAAUAAAGUGUUCUUUCUCUUCUAGAAUGUGUUGAAAGGAUCAACGAUCUUAUAAUGAAUUUUAAUGAAAGGCAAGGAGUUUGACAGUUGACAACAGAAAUUGGCAUGCGUAAACCUGUGAUCUUUGCGAUUUGAUAUUCUAGGUUGCUCUAUUAUAUAGAGUAGGGCAAAGGUCAUCAGGGAACAAGGUUUUUUUUUUUUUUUUUUUCAGUUUUUAGAUUGGUGGUCAUUUGACCUCUUACUGCAUCUUCUACAUUUAUUUUUCAUAGCAAUAAGUAUGCAUGCUGGGACUCAUGCUAGUAUGUUCUAAAAUAGAAGACAGAAGAGUUUUAAGGUUGGUCGAUGAUCUGUCCCUAUCAACUGACCUACACCCUAUAUAUAUACUCUCGCCAAGAGGGAUUAUAAUUUUCUAUAUGUGUAACCAUAUGACUGUACAUGCAAGAGAAUGUUGAAGAUAUACCCUGACAUCAAGUAAUCUUGUGUACACUGCACAUGAUUCUUCCAUCUCUUUUUUAAAUUAUUUUGGAUGAGACCAAGGAUGAAGACAGAUCUCAAGAGCUGAAUGCAUUGCUUGAAGGCGCAGAAGUAGCUCUUGUUGGGGAAUGUCUUUUGCCCGAAGUUGAAUCUUUGAUUUCAUGGCUUGAAUGAAUUUUCCUUGUUGUAAGAUUUGGGGAGAGGAUUCCUUAUAUACUUCUUGAUUCUUCAUCUUGCCAAGAACAGAUGUUAUCUUAGUCUCCCGUUGAUAAGGUUGCAAAAAAUUGACCUGAAAUCCAUGUUCUGUCUCCAAUGUUUGUUGAUUUUAUUAACUUUUAGAGCAGAUGUUCCAUAUUUGUUGUGUAUUUUCUAGGAACAAGAUCAAAUAUCAACUGGGUCUAUAACACAUCUGAUCGUGAAUGUGCUGGAUUUGUUCCCUUGCUUUGAUGCCUACUUGAUCAAUUCUUUUGUAUUAUUUAUUCACAAUAUUUCCAUUCCUAUUAUUCUUUCACAAUCAAGUUAAUUUUGAUCAAUGAUUUCAUUGCAGGUUAGAGGUGGUCAGCUGUGGGGUACAGAUGUUUAUACAGAUGAUUCAGAUCUUGUAGCUGGUAAAUUCUUGAUGCGUGUUCAUAGUAUUGUCAUGAAUCAUCUGCAGGGCUGAGUGAUCAACAGUCCUUAAUCUACCUGCUGAACUUUUCAGUUCUCAUGCAUACUGGUUACUGCCGGCCAACUGCGUCCCUUCCUCCUCCUACCAUCCAGGAACUGCGUGCUACAAUUCGAGUAUUACCACCCCAAACUUGUAAGAUGGAUUAUUUUCGUUGUUCCUUGGUGCUCUAUUGGAGUGUUUUGAUGGCGGUCGACAAUAUGCUCUAUUGGUGCUCUAUUUGCAUCUGUCAUGCAUUAUAGUUGUUGGGGGUUGCAUGCUCGUGAAUAGGAUGGAUUCAUCCUUGAAGUUUUGAAAAUUUUGCUCGUCUCCUUUCAUCUUUCAAGAAUUCGAUCUUGGAACGUUUGAGAUACAUUUAAAUUUACUCUGCUAAAAGACAGUAGACAUUUGCACUUUCUUGCCUCGUAACUUGUCUGUUCCUACGUGUAUCGUAUUAUCUUAAUGCCGAGUUGAAAUCAAUCAAGUUAAUGGGAUAAAACAUGAUGCGUAUUGCAUGGGUGUAUCAACUGUAAAUUACAUAUAACGAGGGGUAUUCUUUUUAACUCCGCCUGUCGUACCUCCAUGGUUUUCAGAGGGAUUCGCUGCUUUUUUAAGCCAUUCUUUCUUCUUGGAAGAUGAUGGGGAUGUACCGAUAUGCUUUUCCUCUCAUGUUCUAUGCUAAAUAUGCCAUGCCAAUGAGUUUCUUGAAAGGAAAUGACAUUGAUCUAAAGGGGAAGGAAUUUUGGGGAGGAACUUUAGUAAAUGUGACUUCAGAUUCAGAUCAUGUUUGAAUUCUGGCUGAUCCACAAAAUAAAAUUAGCCAAGGCUAAAAGGAGGACGGGUGGGAUUUAGGUUUGGAUUGACGGCGGAAUAGAGAAAACACUGCCAGUACAGAUUGGCAGAAGCAUUGUCAGCAAUGGACGACUCACAACUUGUUUGUGCUUUCAUCGUGUGUCUUCUCAUCCUCUUGCUGCUGCGGACACCGUGAUAAUUAUUUUUGGAAGAUGGGUAAAAGCUGCAAGAUGUACCCAAAAUUUUAGAAUGUCUUUUUAACCAUUUCAAAUACAUAAAUGGGCGGUACUAAUUGUACUUGUGUCGAACUAUGACUUGGGAAUUUAAUUUUGAACACGAGAAUAUGACUAACAACCCUGUGUUAUGAUACUAAAGGACUUAUAUAACCAGUGGCAAGCGUGCUUUGUGCACUUGUUAUCUUUACAGCCCGUUGGCUGUUCUCUAAAAGGAGAAAUAGUUUGAUGCAGAGAAUAAAUAUUUUCGGCCAGUAGAACAUAUUAGAAUGAGGAAAUGCGUAUGUUACCUGAUACCAUCUCUAUGAAAUUCGUGAGUCGUGCGAAUAUCUGGAUAAUAAGUCUGUGAGAGAAAUCUGAGUGAUACUCUUGUUCGAAAUGACCAUUUUUUCGUGGAAUAUUCCUUCGUUGACAAAAUAUACUGCUUGUGAAUAAACAGCUGGAGUUCCGUUCAGAUUGACACUCUUUAGCUGUGUUUUUUCUUAUUAUGUGGGUAAACCCUCUUGCUUUCUGUCAACGUAGGCUACUACUCAACGUUGAGGAAUAAUGUUCGUUCCCGUGCAUGGGGCGCUGGCAUUGGUUGCAGCUUUCGUGUAGAAAGGUGCUUCAUUUUAAAGGUGACAAGGUUCUUUCUUCAUAUAAGUUUUCUAUGCUGUGUUAGCGUAUAUGUCACUGUUCAUCGGGGCCUGACAUUUACUUUUCAUUUAACUCCUACGACAGAAGACAAUGGCUGAUUAGAAUAUAGUUUGCAAUCCUGGGAUGUUUAUUUCACACCUUGGUCGACUUUAUUUCUGACAGAAAGGUGGUGGGACUCUCGAUCUUGAGCCGUGUCUCACGCUUAUCUCGGCUGUGGAGCCAACGCUAGCUCCUGUUUCUGUCGAACGGACAAUGACUACAAGAGCUGCAGCUUCGGUAAUACUCCAUAAAUUUGCUUCAACUUCCUUAACCUUUCCAUAUCUUUUAGUGACUACGUUACUUAUUUAUUUAUUUAUUUAUUGGUAAUAUAACGGGAAUAUGCUGAUAUUCUGAAUUUUCUUCACAUCGACAAAAUGUUUCUGAUCCGAUGCCAUUCCUUUUUCUAAAAACGGUCGUGGGUUAUGUCCCUCCGAAUCUUGCACACAGAAUUUUCUCUAAGAAUCUUCAGACUCCAAAGCUGUGGAAUUAGGGAAUAUGGACCGCCACGAAAUUUUUAUUGUUACCAUUAUUUCCAUUUUUUUAAAAGACGUCCCAGAUGUGAUCUAAUAAUUUCCGUGCUUCCUGGUUCUAUCAAUGAUUUGGAUUUGCAGAAUGCCUUGCGACAGCAAAGGUUUGUUCGAGAGGUGACCAUUCAGUACAACUUAUGCAAUGAGCCAUGGUAUGCUAAUUUUCCUCUUUCUUUUAGUACCCAAUAAAUUGUCAUACUAGUAUGCAUGUCAGAGUUAUUCUCUUGGAGAAUUGCUCAUUUAAUAUGAAUUGCUCCGUCUCAUUUAUAUCUGGAAGUUUUAGAACAUGAAAUAUUGUUUUUUUUUUCAUUUGCUAUUCAUGAUUUUACUGCAUUCAGCCCCCCCCCUACUGAGAUGGUUGCUCGCAUGAUCGUGGUUCAUUCGAAAUGUUUUCAGGGUCAAAUACAGCAUCAAUUUUGUUGCUGACAAGGGGCUUAAGAAGCCCCUCUAUACAUCUGCACGCCUGAAGAAAGGCGAAGUUAUAUACCUGGAAACCCACUUCAAGAGGUACAUUGCUCUUCUCCUCUUCUUCUUUUAGAUAACAUUGCUUGGGCUCUCCCCUCCCCCCUGCUAACUCCUUUAACUUGAAAUGCUGCUACAGGUACGAGCUGUGCUACAAUGGAGAGAAAGCUGUGAGCAAUGGCACAGCCGCACCUCAUGCGUCAGAGUCAGAGCAGGAAAAGGCACACAAUCACGGUUCUCAUGGUCAAAGUGGCGACAGAAAUCAAGAUCGAGGAAACGUCAGCGACGUAUUUCGCUGGUCUCUUUGCAAGAAGCCCCUCCCGCAGGAGGUGAUGCGUUCCAUCGGAAUCCCCCUGCCAGUUGAGCACCUGGAGGUGAGUAACCCCGCCCACUUGGUUAAAUAUUCUCCGCGUUGCAUAGACAUGCAACGGCAGAAGACAUCGCACCAAUGGGCAGAAGCAUUUUGGAGCCGGGAAUUUGGAAAACCCAAUGCCGGGAUUUCAAGUAACGGUGAAUCUAAUUGAUAGGAUCACUACAUAUAAAUUUAUACCGGUUGUGGGUGUUGUGUGACGUCUAGAAUUUACUUUCAAUUGAUAAGGUUCUGCAUUUAUCUGUUGAUUCCCCAUGAUGAAUCUGAAUCUGAAUCUUCUGCAUGUUACUUAGACUAGCAAUCGCAAAAAUUUCAGCCAAUUCCCAGAAGUAAGAUGGUGCCAUUCACUAAAAAAAACCUUUCCUUUUCCUGAUUUCACGUUAGGGUUGAUCUAAUUGGCAGCAUCAAUAUAUAUAUAUAUAUAUUUAUUAUUCUAUUUUGUGUCGCUUAGAGGCGCCAGUCAAACUCUAGAGUAUUUUGGUGCUAGAAACUUUCUUUUCUGGUUCAUCAAUUUAUAUGCACAAUGAGAGUAUUUUGUGUGAUGCUGAGAAUUCGAUCUUUGUGCUGAGAUUUUGCAUCUUUCUAUCAAUUCUUCAUGCAAAACUUAAAUGUGUGGAUCACUGAAUAUGGUCAAUCCAGUUGAACCCCGAUUGAGUUUCUGAUCUGGCCCGCCGCCAAUCAGACCCUGGAGUGAAUGACUUGAUCACUGAAUAUUCGUUAGAGAAUUAUUUAUAUUUAUUUCUGUAAAUUAGUUACAUAAAUGAAGUGUAUAGAUUCGGUUCGUGAUUGAUUUUUUGUAUGUGCUAUCACUGUGAUGGGUUGCGCAAUUUUCUUCGGUUUUCGCCGUAAUGGUGCUCGUUCUUCCCUCAACCAGGUCUUGGAGGAAAGCCUCGAGUGGGAGGAAGUGCGGUGGUCUCAGACAGGGGUCUGGGUGGCUGGGAAGGAGUAUCCUCUUGCAAGGGUCCACUUCCUCUUCCCCAAUUGA